AUGCUGGCACCCGUGACACCUGGACAGCCCUUCAACUACUCGCAGUCAGGAGCCGACUGGGGCGGCCUCUGCACGGCUGGGCGUCAGCAGUCCCCCAUAGACAUCUCCACAGCGUCUGCGGGCGUAUCCAGCUCCCCUCCGAUUCGUAUUGACUACCGGCCUCAGAUCAACUAUGCGGUGAACACAGUUCCAUACAACGAAUGGGUCAUCAUUCCGGUGAACAACAACAGCACGCUGACGGCGGCAGACGGCACCGUGUUCUAUCUGCACAACAUCCACUUCCACCAGGUUGGAGAGCACUCCCUUGACGGACAGCUCGCUACGCUCGAGGCACACUACGUGCACAGCACGUCGAGCGAUGCGACGGCGACCGGCCAGAGAAUCGCGGUGCUAGCUAUCCUGUUCUACCUCUCCGAAGACUUCGCUCCUGACCCCUUUUUGAACCAGAUCGUUCCGUUCGUCGCCGGAGGCCCGGCUAACGUCAGCACGGGCAGGGUACUGGACUUCACGAGCGUGACGGUUCCCAACGGGCCCGCUGAUUACGUCACCUAUGUUGGCAGCCUGACGCAGCCCCCCUGCACUGAGGGCGUCACCUGGUACGUCACGACCAAGCCGCGCUAUGCUUCCCAGGCGCAGAUCAUCCUUCUCAUGAGCGCCACUGCUGGGGUCUCGGGCGGAGCCCGGACAAACAACCGGCCCAUUCAGCCGCUUUACAACAGGACAAUCACGGGGAUAGGCCUGACGUAUGCUACAGGCCCGACCAAUACCGGGUCCCCUGCUAUACCUCGACCCGGACCCUAAUGGGAUUUCUAAUGUCUUAUAAGGAGUCGGUCCAUUGCGAUCGUUAGGCAGGGCUAGGAAGGACUUUUGGUUGUCGAUAGUGAGAGACUGACCCCUGGAAAAAAAGAAAGCCUGGGUCUUUGUGGGUGCUUCCCGCUAGAAAUGUAUGCGCCUGGACACGGAUUGUUCAUGUGGUGUACGGGCUCGACGUCUUGAGAUGCGAUAGUAUUAGCACUGAGUUUGCGCAGACCGCAGAUUAAUCUAGGGGAAAUUGUGCUUUUUUUGUUCUCUCGAAUAGAGUCCGGUCAUUCAGCUGAACAGCUUGGCAGCUGCAACAAGGCUCUUGAAACGUCAUGUUUCUGAUCCGACAAAA